AUGGAAGCCCGGGAAGACUCUGACAACCUGGCCUGGGACCGUAGCGACGAAAUCUGGGAGGAGGCACUGAGGCAGGUCCGACUGUCAUCUCAGUGUCGCAAAAUCGAAUCUUUCGCCGCGAGAAUUUCCGGAAAACCUGCGACCUUGGUAACCCCACUGAUUAUUGGGGGCUUCAACGUGCUAUAUCCUAUUCGACUUGAAGGCUCUUCCGCUCCUGUUCUCGUCCGCCUGCCCUGCCCCAAUCAGGCCGUCUUUCCUGAGGAGAAAACAGUUGCAGAAGCCGCAACAGCUACGUACAUCGCCCAACAUACUCAAAUUCCGGUUCCCGAAGUUUUUCACCAUGGUGUUGACUCUGAUAUCGGACCUUUCAUGAUUAUUCAAGAUCUCGAGUCCCGACGAGGCAUGGGUCAAGCGCUCGAGGCCCCCCGCGAGGAUCCCAACGAGACAGCCGUACUGGAUCCUGAUAUCUCUGAAAGUAAGCUCAAGGCCCUGUACGUCAAAAUGGCAAGGUGUGUGCUACAGCUUGCACAACCUACCUUUCCGCGCGUAGGAGCUCUCGCUGAGGCGGGUCCUAAAUCUCACUGCGUGAUGGGACGACCUAUAACUUUGAAUAUGAGCAACAUGGUCCAGCUUUCCAACAUUCCAAAAUCAACUUUUCCAUCCGAAGGCACCACGUAUCAAACGGCUGAUGCGUGGUACGUGGCCCUGGCCGAGAUGCAAAUAGCCACGCUCCUUUUCCAGCACAACGACAUGGUAUCAUCGGAGGAUGACUGCAGGACUAAAUAUGUGGCUCGCCAACUAUUUCGCAGGUUGGCCAAACAAGGCCGGCUGGCAACGUUCGGGUUUGCUGAAGACGACUGGUCUGCCCGGUCCCAGCACGCUCGUGCGACGUUGCCGAUGCCGGACGGUUCAGGCUCCUUCCGCCUCUGGGCUGAUGACUUCCGACCGGCCAAUAUCCUUGUUGAUGGAAAUGACGAGAUUAUCGGAGCAAUAGAUUGGGAAUUCGCCUAUGUGGGACCAACGCAAUUCGUCUUGGAUGCGCCUUGGUGGCUUCUACUGGACGUGCCUGAGAUGUGGGAUAACGGUAUCGACGAUUGGGCCAGCGUGUACGAGAGACGUCUGGAAACAUGGAUUUCGGCGAUGGAACAGGCAGAAAAAGAUAUAAGUCCCAGUUCUUUGCUCCUGUCGGCGUAUAUGCGAGAGAGCUGGGAGACGGGCCGCUUCUGGCUCGACUAUGCUGCUAGAAAGAGUUGGGCGUUUGACACUAUCUACUGGAAAUACCUGGACGAGAGGUUCUUUGGUGAGCGGGGAAGGGAUAUCCCCAAGAAGGAUUUGUGGCGGGCGAGGGUGCAUCUUCUCAAUGAGGAUGAGAGGGCGGCCAUGGAGCCGCUGGUACAAACGAAGAUGGAGGAGUCGAAGGAACGAGUGUUGGUCGAGUGGGACGCUGAGGCAAGGCGGCGCUUGUCUUCAUUCCUAUUCGACUAA